UCUUCAUCAGCCCGGUCGGCGCAGAACAGUAGGAUGUUAAACCCUAUUUCAGUUCUCACCGGCUAAACUAGAAAAUUACAAUCACGGUGAUUAUAUCAUGAACUUGAAAGCCACACGUGGGAGGAAUAAUCAGGAUAGGAAGACAUCAGUUGAUUAAAGUAUUCCAUAUUUAUAUAAUAAUGAUGAACCUGUUAUACAACUUUCCAGACACACUUCCAAUGGCGAAGAAGAAUCAUACUGAACUCUUUGUAAUCUUACUAGGAGCAUGCUGUUUUUUCUGUCUAUUAUUGGCUUAUAAUGACGUGCAAUAUUCUCAUACAGCCAUUUAUAAAAAUACUUUACAAUCCAUGUUACAAUUCAACAUCAAACAAAAGUGCGAAAAGAAGAAAUAUGUAGCUUUUCUAAAAGUGCACAAGGCAGGGAGUUCUACCGUGUCCAACAUUCUCCAGAGAUUCUCCACGCGGUAUGGACUUAAUCUUGUACUUCCGAAUAAAGAUCGCGAUUCGCAGCCGACAAUGUUCCACGUGAUUGGCCGGAACUACGACAGAUUAAUUCCCUUACCGGAUGACGAGGAUUUUAAUAUCCUGUGCAACCAUGUUGUUUACAACAGACGACAGUUGAAACGCUGGUUCAAAAAUGGCGCCUUUUACACGGCGAUUGUGCGAGAUCCAAAGGAGAGAUUUCUGUCGUCUGCUUUUUAUUUUGGAUUAUUGCAUAAAAUAACAAACGGUACGAAAAUUUCAAGAAAAGGUGUUUUUACGAAUUAUUUACGAAAGCGGAUUAUGAACUCCAGUUCCUCUGACGACCUCAACAUGGCGCAUGACUUCGGGAUCAAAAAUAAAUAUUACAACAAUGAGCAGUAUAUUAACAGAUAUAUUCAGCUAUUGGAUAUAGAAUUUGACCUGGUUAUGAUUCUCGAAUAUUUCGACGAAUCGUUAAUUCUUCUAAAACGUAAAUUAUGUUGGGACAUCCGGGAUAUCGUGUAUCUAGUCGUGAAUUCGAAUCGCAAAAAGGACGAACACGCGCUCAGCGAAGAAGAUUUAAAAAUCUUACGAGACAUUCAGAAACCGGACGAGAUGCUCUACAGCUUUUUUACCGAUCGCUUCUGGAAACAAGUUUAUAACGAAGGUCCGGAUUUUUUUCAAGAGGUGCAGUAUUUUAAAUCUGUUCAGAAACGUGUUCGCGAAUUCUGUGAAACCGGCUAUAUCAAAAGUGAGUUUCUGAAAAUCGAAGCUUCGCGAUGGAACAACAAGUUCCACUUGUUGGUACGAGAUUGUACGUGGAUGAAAACUAGUGAGCUGAAUUUAAAUGACAUAGUAAUGAAACGACAAUGGGAUAAGUAUAAUGCGUUCGUACAGAAUCGUAAAGCAAACCUUAUUAAUGUCGUAUGAUCCAUGGCGUAAUGCAAUAUUAUCUACACCCCGAUUACCCAGACACUAGAGUCACUUGUGGACAAUGUAGUCUUUAUCAUCUGGACACUAUAUUACACAAUCUGAUUAAAUUUU